AUGUCCGCGAUUAUACGCGUGUCAUCGCAUCUUGGUUCCUCCGUAGGUGUCGGUAUAACUCAGCACAGCCAAGUGCUUAAAGAGUUCAAACAGUAGUAGAAUACAGAGAAUAUCUAUACAUCUAUACAGAUAUAUAGAUUGAUAUUCUCCGUUUGUAUUUGGGAGUUAUUAAUGAUCAAAACGCAGGAAUAGAUUCACUCUCUCUCUCUCUCUCUCUCUCUCUCUCUCUCUCAGACUCAGCGCCAACAGACAUUCUAGGGUUUUACUUUUUCUGAAGGAACUUGGAAGCAUGCAGUCGAAGUUGGAAAAUUCUAGUCGAAUUGAAGCCAAUCAAUAUAAUAUUUCAUCAUCAUCGGCAUGUUCAGAACCUUGGUGGCGCAAUAUGAAUUACAAUUCCAUCUCCCCAGCUCUGAUAGCGAGAAACACAUCUAACUCUUCUUCAACGGAACCAUCUAGAGAUGGCCAAUCACAGUCCGAGGAAGAUGAUGAUGCUAUCAUUGAAUCACAGAUUACUGCAUCUCCUCCUUCAGAUAGAACUAAUGGACGAGAACACCAGAAUUUCCAGCAUCAAACAUCAGCCAUACCUUCAAGGGUUAACGAAAGGCUCACACAGCCUCCACAGCUGCCUCCACAGCUUGAACUUGUUGGACACUCAAUUUGUUUUUGUAACCUUGCAGGCUUGUGCAUCAAAUCCAUAUGCGGAUCAAUAUUAUGCCGGAAUGAUGGCAGCUUAUGGUCCUCAGCCUUGGGUGCCUCCUCAUUUACUUGACAUGCAUCAGACUAGAAUGCCUCUGCCUCUUGAAAUGGCACAAGAGCCUGUGUAUGUGAAUGCAAAGCAAUACCAUGGGAUUCUGAGGCGAAGGCAGUCACGUGCUAAAGCAGAGCUCGAAAAGAAGCUGAUAAAAGCUCGGAAGCCAUAUCUUCACGAAUCCCGCCACCAACAUGCAAUGAGAAGGGCAAGGGGUAACGGAGGCCGUUUUGCAAAGAAGUCUGAUUCUGAUGCUUCAAAGUGCACAGCCCGAGAAAUAGGAGAGCAUUCAGGUUCUGAACCUUCGCGUGGCGAAACUGCUGAAACCCAGAAUAAUCAUCCGGAAUCAAAAGGGGCUGAAGUGUCAGAAACGUAUGAAGCACGAGGGUAUACAAAUGGCGGUGACCAGUAUCAGAACUACAGUAGAGCUUCACACAGGGCACUUGCUAUAUAGUGAGGCCUACGUUUUGUUUGGAUCAGGCAUUUUUAUAGGGAUUUAUGGAGGGGGGAAAUUUGAGGGAAAAAAGAAUAAAUAAAUAACAAGGACAUGAUAAAGCUAAAUUUAUUUAUUUUUUGACUCCCUAAAUUUUUUCUUCCCCUGGAAAAGUGCCUAUACAAAUCCAUGAUCCAAACAAAGCGCUAAGGGCAAAUGUGGUGCUGGGUGAAGGAAUCUGUCUCACCAGUCGGAAAAGGUGGAAUCAUUUGUGACACGUGUUUGUUGGCACGGCAAAUCAUUCUUGGCUAUUUUAAGCUCAGUGCCAAAUCAAUUCUUGGCUUUGCGUGUGUUCGGUUUAGAAGUUAGAGCAGAAGACGGAGAAGUUAGACUCUCUUUGAUCUCUUCUGGGUAUUGUACAUAAAGACCUUGUGAAGAAUUAGAUCUUGAAGGAAAGUUAGGGAGUGUUCAGAUAUUCCCGCAUUAGGUUAGGAUCCAUGUAAAGUUUGGAAGAUAUUUGUUUCUGCCUUCUUGUUGCCGUCAAUGUUGCAUAGGGAUUUAUAUUGUGGUUUUAUUUCAUAAGGCAAGGUUUUUUUUUUUUUUUUUUUUCCAAAAAAUAUUGUAUGGUUCGGAGAUAUAAAUAGAGCUACAAAACCUCAGUUUCUUGUAGAA